GCCAAGCUCCAGCCACUCUCUUGCUCCAGGACAUGGUUGAACACACCACCACUCAAUCCCAGGGAGAAGAAAACCUUAACAUAGUAGAACAUACCCAUAGAGUCCUCUCUGUCUGCAUCGACUUUUUCUGACUUCAGCAGAAGCUGAGAAUUCUCCCAUGGUUUGUCCCAAUGCACAUCACCGUCCCAAACUUGACAGUCUCUCCUGUUUGAGUUCCAACUCCGCUUCCGCUUUCAAACUCUGAAAAAAAUUGAGUUCAAACUCUCUGAAAAAAAGUUCAAACACUCUGCAAAAGUUGACUUCAAACUCUCUGCAAUUUCAAACACUAUGCAAAAGUUGAGUUCAAACUCUCUGAAAAAGUUGAGUUCAAACUCUUGGAAAAAAAGUUGAGUUCAAACUUCAAACUGAGACAAACUCAAUUUCAAUUUCAGACCCGACUUCCGUUGAGAUUACAGUUCAAGUUUGAAUCCAACCCUAAAGGGCCUAAACUCAAUUUCAAAGUUGAGUUCAAAACCGCUUGCCGCUCCCAACCUCCCCAACUCUCACACCUCAGAGCACCAACCUGAAAGCCUCAAAAGAGUCUACCCGCGGAGAAUAUAAACCUUAAACCUUAAACCUUAAACCUUAAACCUUAAACCUUAAACCCUAAACCCACCCAACCCGGGGAGUUCUCUCAUCCUUUACAGUCCAAUCUUAGAAACCUGAAAGCCCCACAUGAGUAGGGCUUGCAUCCCCCAGCUUCGAUCUGCUUUACCGUGUGCAUCCUUUGGAGUUGGACGCGUUUGCUCGACCCCUCCUCAGAUCUUGAGAUUUCAGUCUCUAUAGUCCUGCCACAAGCUUGGCAUUCAAAUCUUGGGAGUCGGGUCUUGGGAGGCCGGUCCUACCGUCGUCAUCAGAAUACAAUGCCUGGGUGAUUAUGGCGGCAUCUGGACUGAAAGGUGCGCCAAAAACGGACAUAAAUGACCGUGAGGAGUUCUAUUUGGGUGAAGAAGGUAGGAGCGGCCAGUCUUCCGAUCCCAGAGGGGGUGCAAUCUCUCAGAGCAUCCGACGUCAGGAAUUCAACCUCGAGACUCGAGAGCAUAAUCUUGCGACCAUCCAGGGCUCGGGUUUGGGCUCGGGUUCAAACCCAAGUUUGGAUUCGAAGACACAGUAGGAGCGAACUUGUCCACGAGAGCCAUAUCACACACAUGUCUCAGCGGCGGUGCUUGCUAUCAUCCGGACCAUGAGAGCCAUAUUGCUACUUGCUUGGCAUCAUCGUCAUGCGGACGAUACAGGCCGAUGCAAGUCGCAAUCCCUCAUCAAGAACAAAACUUGCGUCUGGCUGGCACAGAGGCAGGCGGUUCAAUUCAACGCCUGCUAAAAUUCCCACGUAUAUCUUAGGGUGUCAACAACAAUCAAUACAUUUACAAUGCUACUGUCUUCACCUGAAAUGAAUGCCCGGUUGCUUCAGGAGGGUUUCGCCGCACAAGGUGCCACCAGGAGUGGACUUUCUUCAUUCCCAUCGGAAAACAGAGAUCGAUCGGUUGGAAAUUGGAGAUCGGCACGUCGAGGGUUGGUCACCAGAAAACCGGUUUCUUUCAGAUGGGCAGCAUUAACAUCUUUGGGUGGUAUGAGAGUGCGGACGUGCGACUCCCAUUUGUGCUGAAUCGCACGACCGAGAGCACACACACACGCCGCUGACACGCCACAAUAUCGCGACUUCGGUUCCUGUUUGUAAGAUGAUAAUGUAAUGACAAAUUACAUAGCAGUACAGAAACUUCAAACUAGUCAUCAUCCCAUCUUAAAGGUCGAUCUUCCCUGGUUAUUUAUAGAGACGUCGUCAUUCUUAACACGUAAGGCCUCGCUCAACUGCACACAACUCAAAAUGUAUCUGGAGCUGGUCUUGGUCGAGACACUCUCAAAAUGUUAGAUCAGACAGGAUGUAUCUGGUCCAUUGGCAGUCCAAAUAGACGAAGUGAGGCCCAUAGUUCUUGCAUCAUUUUCACAUAGUUCUUGCAUCAUUUUCAAAGGCAUAACGGAUCACGCAGAAUUUUCCAAAAAGUUCGGUCAUCUUCCCCCUGGUUUUUCCGUCCCCCAAAACACUCUCUCCUGAUUCUUGGUCCGGAGGCCGGGUGCCACCCGACCAAAACAGCUGGCGCCACCAGCCAAAACAAACAAGAAAGUCGUGCUGGCGCUUCGGCAAAGCUUGGCGCACACUUCUUUUCCGCUUUGGCAAAAAGCGGCGGCUCGCAGGUAGAGGUGGUUUAACGACUAGGACUUCCAUCUUGUUGCUGAUGUAUGCCUCCUUGUUGCUGAAAAACGCACCUGGACGACAUCGUCUUGCCCCGACCACAACGCACCUGAGACCGUCGUAAAGGGGUUACAAGGGGUUCCGGACUUCAGAGGAAGACGCUUGCUACAUAAGCUGCCUAAGGUACGACAGGCAUUGUUGGUAUUCUUGGCAGUGUCAUCCUUAAAAAAGCUUCUCCUGAAAAAGUUGAAGCAUGUGCAGCGAGGACUGCACGGUCAUGUAGGUGAUCUAGAAGGUGAUAUACAGAUGCUUAUCGACCGGCUAUGAAGUUGGUUUGAUAACCCCGAGGCCCGAAUCUGCUGCAGAAUCAUGCCUAAGGCGUGGCAUCCAGCAAUUCGUAACGUGUCUGACAAGUGUCCGCAGAUCUGUCAUGACGAUUCCGACUCACGAUCUGCUCGCUCGAUGGGGAAAGUGAACCGAAGACAAUGACACACCCUAAGGCCUCCUUCAGAUUAAGAGCUGAACGGCGUCUCAGUAGAUGUCGAAAACAUCUGGCAAAGGGAAAAUCGAAGAAUGGUCGCGCACGCGCACCCUUCUUGAAGCUUUCCCGAGGAGUCCUCCCUCGCAUCCGGUAAUUGCCGUGUUAUCCCUAGGGCUCAUCGCAGCCAACAUUUGCUGUUCUUAAACCACCAGCACUUGGCCCAUACAUUUGUGUCCUGACUGAAAAAAUGUACGCCCAAGAAGCCGAUCAAGUCCGGACGAAACCGAUAAAAUAUCGACUGUCUGAGAUUGCUGUUUUCACAGCAAAUUCCAAAGCCGCCGCAGCUGCAGGGCCUCCAUACAGGGGAGGGCAGCACCACAUCUGAUGAUUGCUAACACAGACGGAAGUCAACAACUGUAUUUUCACAUUGUCCUGGCUGAGAUUGUGCGCCCAAGAAGCCGAUGAAGUCGGACAAAAGUCACAAAACCGAUAAAAUAUCGACUCCCUGAGAUUGCUGUUUGCCCAGCGAAUUUCGAAGUCGCCGAUAAAGUAUCAACUCCCUGAGAUUGCUGUUUGCCCAGCAAAUUCUGAACUCGCCGCAGCUGCAGGGCCUCCACACAGUGGAGGGCCACAGCUGCAGCUGCUGCCACAUUUCCUUCUUCCCCUCUACGCUCACUUGUAAAUGGGUGAACCUUUUUAAAAAAAGAUAAAAAAAUAAAUGGCUGAACCUCCAAAACUACUAUCGGGACCGUUUUUGUUGAACUUCUACUUUGGCACUCUUUAGACUCCAGAAGGUCCGAGAAUAAAGAGAACAUGAAUAUAGUCGUUGUCAACGACUAUAUUCAUGGAGUCUGGACGCCCAUCCAGCAUUUUCUUCUAGCAGGCAAAAUUUCCCUUACUUCAACCAGCAGCUGUACACAUAACAUCGGCACAGACUAUCACAAGCAGCUAUAAUAAAUCCCAAAUACUUUUCACUGACCGCGGAAUAUCUACUUCUCACGUGUAGACCAUCACUGUGCCAAAAGCAAAAUUGCCGAACCUCAUUUUCCACCCCACCCUGGACCUCCACGCCAUUAUGCAGUUGGGCUUGCCUGGUAGGCAGAGCUGACCUGCGCCCGCCUUGUGCACAACCACAAUCCACGGUGGGAGCAAAAGUGCAUUGGCAGCUUAAGGCCUGGGAUGGUCUUUCCAAGCUGACAUAUCAACAAGCCACACAGGCACGUUGAUGUCAACAAAACACAAAAUCAUGA